AUGUGGUCCAACAACAGUGCUGCUCCCUUCUUUCUGACUGGCUUCUUGGGCUCAGAAGCAAUUCACCACUGGAUCUCUCUUCUCUUCUUUAUCAUUUACCUCAUCCUUUUGGGCAAUGGCACACGGCUCUUCCUUAUUUGGAAUGACCACAGUCUUCAUAAGCCCAUGUACUACUUCCUGGCUAUGCUGGCAGGUACAGACCUCGGGAUGACACUAACUACAAUGCCCACCAUGUUGGGUAUAUUCUGGUUCAAUGCCAGGGAUAUCAGCUUUACUGCCUGCUUGUCACAGAUGUUCUUUGUUAAACUCUUCACUGUCAUGGAAUUGUCAGUGCUGUUGGCCAUGGCUUUUGAUCGUUUUGUCGCCAUCUCUAAUCCCAUCAGGUAUGCCACCAUUUUAACUGACUCCAGAAUAAUUCAAAUUGGAGUGGCAAUUGUCAUCAGGGGGACACUAACGCUGACACCAAUGGUAGCAAUUCUUAUGAGACUGUCCUUCUGCCGCAGCCACGUGCUCCACUACUCUUACUGCUUCCAACCUCAUGUGAUGAAGCUCUCAUGCACAGACACCAGGAUCAACAAUGCAGUUGGGCUGACUGCCAUGACCUCUACUGUUGGUGUGGACUCAAUUCUCAUCCCCCUUUCUUAUGUUUUGAUCAUUAAGACUACCCUCAGCAUCACAUCCCCAGAAGAGAAGAAGAAAGCCUUCAUCACCUGGAUCUCCCAUAUUGGGGCUAUUGCUAUUUUCUAUAUUCCAUUGAUCAGUCUCUCCUUUGUUCACAGAUUUGGGAAACAAGCCCCAGCCUAUGUACAUACUAUGAUUGCUAACACCUACCUGCUGAUCCCCCCGGUCAUGAACCCCAUCAUCUAUAGUGUGAAGACCAAACAGAUACGCAGAGCUGUGAUAAAAAUUCUUCACCCCAAAGCACAUAGAAUCAUAGAAUUCUAG